CAACAUUUACUGGAAGAGACUUGAACUUGAGAAUACAAAGAACGCAUUCCUUCCCUUCUCACUGUGUCUCUGUAAAUCAUCUCUCCCUCUCUUCUGAGUUCAGAUGGACCCAUGAAGUAAGUGAAAAGCAAAGCAGCGCCUCAGUUUUUCAUGUUAUUGUCAUCGACACACUGCUCUUCCCCACCUAAUCCUCUCGGAAACUCUGGCAAAAUCGCUGAGAAAGCGAGAGAAAAUGAACAAGUCCUAAGCGGUUUUCUGACCGACUUAAAGUUCGUUUUUUUUUUUGGCCCACAUCAGGGGAGGUGAUUGGGAAGUUGAAGUGACCUUGAUUAGAGUGUCCCAUCGAAUCCGAAGCUUUCAGAGUUUGCCAUUUCUGGGGUCAGAUCUUUGAUCUGUUGCUGGAGCUUAGAAGCCGAUCUUUGAUUUGUUGACUGGAAUGAUUUGGUUGAUUGAAAUGUAAAGCAUUUUGGGUAAUGGUUUUGCUUGGAUUUGAACUCAGACUCAAUGCCGCUGCUACAGUGAUUCUCCGGGGAAAUGUCGGCUUCUUUAGCUCCCUUCGAGCGCCCUCGGCCUGGGGCUUCGAACACUGUUUUCAAAAGUGGCCCACUUUUCAUAUCUUCUAAAGGAAUAGGCUGGAAAUCCUGGAAGAAGCGGUGGUUCAUACUUACGCGUACAUCAUUGGUUUUCUUUAAAAAUGAUCCUAGUGCCCUUCCACAGAAAGGAGGUGAAGUAAAUCUGACGUUGGGGGGUAUUGACUUAAACAAUUCAGGGAGUGUUGUUGUUAGAGAAGACAAGAAGCUGCUCACUGUAUUGUUUCCUGAUGGACGUGAUGGAAGAGCAUUCACCCUUAAGGCUGAGACAUCAGAAGACUUGUAUGAGUGGAAGACAGCUCUUGAGCAAGCCUUAGCACAAGCACCAAGUGCUGCUCUUGUCAUGGGCCACAACGGGAUUUUUAGGAGCGAUGCGAGUGAUUCCCUUGAAGGGUCCUUUAAUCAAUGGAGGGAUAAGCGGCCUGUUAAGUCUUUGGUUGUUGGAAGACCAAUUCUUCUAGCAUUAGAGGAUAUUGAUGGAGGUCCAUCUUUCCUUGAAAAAGCUCUUCGGUUUCUUGAGAAUCAUGGAACUAAAGUUGAAGGUAUUUACGGCAGUCUGCAGAUGUUGAGGAAGUAGACCGGAGGGUUCAAGAAU